AUGUCUGUCCUUUCGACUCUAGAGGGUGUCUUGUCAACGGUGUUAUCCAAUAUCUUCAUCCAACUCCCUUACCCCGAAGGCGAUCUCAGCGGACAUACAAUCAUCGUAUCCGGUUCAAACCAAGGUCUAGGUUUCGAGGCCAGCCGCCACCUGUUGCGCCUAGGCGUGGAGAAGUUGAUCAUGGCAGUACGCGAUCCGAAGAAGGGUGAAGCUGCAAGACAAGAACUAUUGCAAUCCACCAGCCGCGAUGAAAGCUCAGUCGAGGUGUGGCUGCUGGAUAUGGAUAGCUAUGUCUCAGUCAAAAGCUUUGCCAGCCGUGCUGCAGCUCUACCUCGUCUUGAUGCUCUGUUGGCAAAUGCCGGGCUGCUAUCAAAUACAUUCAGUUUAUCGGAGGAGGACGAGAGAACUAUCACCGUCAACGUGGUGAGCACGUUCUUGCUUAUUGCCUUACUGAUCCCAAAACUGCGAGAGUCAGCUUCCAACUUCAAUAUCACCCCUUGCAUCACAAUCCCAAACUCGGCUUUGCAUUAUAUUGCUUCUCUUGAGCAGCUGGAUCCUCAAAAUGAGGGCGGUAUCUUCAAAUCGCUCAACAACAAAGAAGCUACCAAUAUGGCAGGUCGAUACCCAUUGUCAAAGCUGCUGGUAUUGUUCGGUGUGCGUGCAUUUGUGAAUCGACUUGCACAGAGCAAAGCGCCGCUAGUUCUCAUCAACACGCCAAACCCCAGCUUCUGCAAGUCUAAACUGGCGCGGGAAACGGACAGUGUCGGUUUUCGCGUUGGCGAAAGGCUGCUGGCUCGCAGUACGGAGGAGGGUAGUCGUGCUUUGGUACACGCGAUCAUGGCCGACGAGAAAAGCAAUGGGCAGUAUCUGACAAACUGUCGAGUUCACAGUCCAUCUUGUAUCGUGACCAAUGGAAAGGGAAUUAUGAUUGAAGAAGCCUUUUUCAAGGAGUUGGUCACCAAGUUGGAGAAGAUUUCGCCAGGCGUGACCUCUUGUUUUUGA